UCCGCCGGGGAUUAGUGAAAGGACUCGUGCGCAUCGCGACUCAUGGCUAUAAACCCGUCUAGAAUCGCUCGAGGGGGUCUGAUUCAAUGCGCAACAGUUGGGACGGAGCUGCGUAAUUCUGUGCCACUUAAAAGCGCACGCUCUAAGUUACAUUGAGAGUCUCAUGUGUUUGCUCUCAGUUUAAGAUUUCUCUUUAAAUUCGCAAGUGCGUCACUGACAAAUGAAAACAGAUCGCAUCUUUGGAGGCCAGCGACGUGUUAGUUCUCAAGUCAUCAAACUAACGUAAAUCCUUCUGUCUCAUAGCGAGGGACAUGGGUCAACUUUGCGGUGCGACGCUCUUACCAUUCGUGACAAUUUGUGUCAUUUUUCUUUGGGAAUCUGGAGCCAGUUCUAUAAGGACAACAUUUGGCGUAGACACGUCUGGGGAGGGGUGUCCUGAGAACAAGGUGUUGACGGUGGAGUACCCAUGUGUUAUAGCCGGCGGCCAGAAUGGCACCUGUCUCAGGAGGAAAUGCUGUGAAGGUUUCAGGUUUGUGAUGGGCCAGUGCAUACCUGAAAGUGUUGAUGUGUGUGCUGGAUCGCCCUGUGAACAACAGUGCACUGACAAUUUUGGACGGGUCGUCUGCACGUGUUACCCUGGUUACCGCUUUGACCGGGAGCGGCAUCGCAACCACCAGAACCCCUACUGUCUGGACAUAGAUGAGUGCGCCCAAUCCAACGGCAGUGUGUGUGACCAUGGGUGUGAGAACAGCGUGGGCAGCUUUCUGUGUGCGUGUCACAGUGGCUACAUCCUGGCACCUGACCGGCGCUCCUGCAUCCCAAACCACAACUUGAGCUCCCCAGGGAAGUCAGACACCUUAAUGAGCGCAGGCUCCUGCUCCUUCACCUGCCAGGACUUUGUCACCAUGAGGAACAACCUACUGCAGCUCAAACUGAGGCUGGCCAGCAGCACUCAGCCACCCAACCAGGGGAUGCUGUCCUAUGGCCUGGCCAACAGCAGUGACAAGCCAUCUCCUGGGAGGGUGGGGAAAGGGCCCGACACCUCCGGACCCUCUGGACCCCCUGGCCUUCCAGGGUCGCCUGGGGUCCCAGGACACCCAGGAGCUCCAGGGGAGAAGGGGGAGCGGGGGGAGGUGGGGAUGCCAGGGCCACAGGGACCAAGAGGGAACAUGGGGCCGAUGGGCCCCCAGCCUGACCUGGAGCACAUCAAGAGGGGCCGCAGGGGGCCGGUGGGGCCACCUGGUGCAGAUGGAAGAGAUGGACACAAGGGAGACAGAGGAGCCCCAGGGCCCAGGGGUCCACCUGGACCCCCCGGCUCCUUCGACUUCCUACUUCUCAUGAUGGCGGACAUUCGCAAUGACAUCAUUGAACUCCAGGAGCAAGUGUUUGGGAAGAGGCGAGGUCUCUCCUUGGACAGCCCGCCAAACUCCAGCGGGGAGGCAGACUUUAUGGACCGGGGCUCUGGACAAGGAGAGCUCAGGCUCAACACCUGACACCUAGGCAACUAGGUCACCUGAGGCAACUGUCAAUCACACAGCCAUUGGGAACCACCUUUAGCUCCUACGGAGCAUAAGACAAUAAGUGAACAGACUCCUGUUGACUCCAGUGAAGCUUUGUCGCCACACACAACUAUCAACUGUCUCCAUGCCUCAGGACUGUCUGAUGUUUAGAGACCUCAUCUCUGCUUUUCCUUUGUCAGAGACAACAGACUGCAGAGAGAAAGAGAGAAAGGAGCUAAUACAAAAGAGGACAGAAAAAAUAUACAAAAGAGCAAUACAACCAUGUAUUGAUCAUUAUUAUAUUUGUACAUAGUUAUUUGCAAUAUCACUAAGUGUUUUUUAUCUCAUGUGUGGAGGUUCUCGCUUGGAUCAUAAGCAGCUGUGUGUGUGUGUGUGUGUGUGUUUGUGUGCAUGCAUGUGCGUUAUAUGUGUGCGUUUGUGUCCUAUCUGUGUGUAGGCCUGGCAUCUUAAUUAAGUAAAGCAAAGUGUACCACAGGCCUUGAAAACAACUGCUAUUCAAAAACAGCACACACAAUGAAAUCACACAUUCCAAAAGUGUAGACAUAUACUUGUAGUGAUAAAAAAAUAGAGAAAUUAAUCAAACACAAAGGUCUGGCCAGCUACCUGGUACAGGGUGGUUUUCCUCAAGUGUGAACAGACAGUUACAAUUACUACAGAGAAACAUUUAAGUUCAGUUUUUUGUGCUUUUCAAAGAAAAUGCUUUAGACCCUUUUGACCCUCAUUAAUAUGGAAGCAAAUCGUGACCAUUUCCAGAAAUGCAUUUUCAUUUUAAGAAUGUGGCUGCAUUA